UAUUUAUACAUAUUUCUGUUUCAGUUUUCUUUUUGGACAGUUCGUAUUGGCUAGUAUCUCGCUCAGUUAUUAAAAGUCAGUAUGGCGCUCGCUCAGGUUGUUUGGUAUCUGGAGAGAUAACAGUAACCAUAGGACUUUAUCACGUGACUAUCAGCUUGAAAGGUAGCGUUUCCGGAAACGGAACGGACGUAGUCAACGUUCUCCACACGUUCAACUGGGAAGAUGAUGAUAUGAAGAAACAGCUAAAGGUGGCGCUACAGCAUGGACUUUCUUACCCUGUGUUGACAGUAUUGGAGUAUUUCGUGGAAGAGAAUGGUUGGACUCCCAGGUUUUGUUUAGCUGGAAGAAUGUCUGUCACCUUGUUGUGGAUCAGCCUGUUUUUUUCUGCUACAUCGUUACUACUGUGGUCGUUAGAAGAUACACGAACGGGCGGAGCUCUGUGUAUUUCUGGAAUAUUGAUGGUUGGAUCAACAUUAACAUAUAAUUUCAUAACUCCUAAGAAGCCCUUGAUAAUAAACUUUGCUGAAGGAGUUUUAUUCUUUUCGUAUGCCUGGUCCUUCGUCGCAGCAGGUUUUGUUGGUUCUUUAACUGCUGUAUUUGGUGUUGCUACCCUGGCAACUUCAAGUGAGAUAUAUGAUCUUAUUUAUCACCAUAAAUGUCUAAUGAAUAUUGUAAAAAAACGUACUGGACGUUUAGCAGUACCAUCUUACCAUUCAUUACAGACUGUUAUGUGAUAGGUUUAUUUAUUCAGGAGUGUAAUUAGCUUGAGGGUUUGAAGUUGUUAAACUAUUGUAGCAGUUUUGUAAAAGGGAAUUAUGGGAAAAGAGACUGUCAGUAGUUAAUUAAUUAAUGUUUUUUAGUAAAUGUGUUUGCUUUGAUAUAAUAUAUCUAUAAACUAAAAAUAUCUUAAUCAAUUUGAAAACGUCGUCUUAAUGUGGAUUUCAUAAUCAGUCUGAUAACACUUCCAUCUGGAAAAUUUAACCAUCAACCUUAGAGUGUUCUCUUACGGUGAGUUUCAUAACCAACCUAAAAUUGCAUAUAUUUGGCUGCGUUUUCAUGAUGGAUUUAAAAAUCGAGAUCUUAUAAUGACGUCACUUAGAAUCAACUUUAAAUUUUCAUACUCAUCUUCUGUAAAUAUAAUUAUCUUAAGAGGUCACCGGUGACAGUAUGUUCUUUGACUUGUGGGCCUGAUGAUGAAAAGUAGUAUAUAAUCGAAAGCUUGGUUAUGAAAAACCUUUCAGGUUAUUUAAGUCUCAUAAUUUAUGUUGUUUAUUAAAAUUAAACCACCUGAGAUACCGACCAAUAUUUCAAACUUACUAAGUAUAGUCACCGUAUUGUUAAUCUUAAAUGAUUCACCGUAUUGUUAAUCGUACAAUGAUUCACCGUAUUGUUAAUUAUACAAUGAUUUAUCGAUUUAAAUGAUUCUGAAGUACUUCUAUAUUUUGUUUCAAGAAAAUAAAAUUCCUACGAGAUGAGGGCGCCACUAUCGAUUAUUUGGUGCUCAUCUGUUUGGUACUAUUUGUAAACGAUUCAUAGGCACAGCCUGUUCUCCAUUGUUGAGUGGUUGAUUUCUAAGUCGCAUGACGAUGGUUUCCAAAGUGCAUAGGUCACUUUUGAUGCAAGCUCGUAAAAUAAUUCAGAAAUGCCGAUUGGAUGGUUGAACAUCAACGUGUGUCCUAGUGAGAUACAAAGUUUUUAACUUCCAGUGUUCUUGGUAUCUCUGAUAGAGCAGUGGAACUACGUAAUUAAGUUUGCAAGUUAGACAUGCGUGAUAUUGGAAACUAUCACAAUAGACUUAGAAAAACAGCAUUCGGUAACAGAGAACGGGCUGUAGUCUGAACGUUACACUACAUUCGGUAUCAGAGAACGGGCUGUAGUGUGAACGUUACACUACAUUUGGUAACAGAGAACGGGCUGUAGUCUGAACGUUACACUACAUUCGGUAACAGAGAACGGGCUGUAGUCUGAACGUUACACUACAUUCGGUAACAGAGAACGGACUGUAGUCUGAACGUUACACUACAUUCGGUAUCAGAGAACGGGCUUUAGUCUGAACGUUACACUACAUUCGGUAUCAGAGAACGGGCUGUAGUGUGAACGUUACACUACAUUCGGUAACAGAGAACGGGCUGUAGUCUGAACGUUACACUACAUUCGGUAUCAGAGAACGGGCUGUAGUGUGAACGUAACACUACAUUCGGUAUCAGAGAACGGGCUGUAGUGUGAACGUUACACUACAUUCGGUAUCAGAGAACGGGCUGUAGUGUGAACGUUACACUACAUUCGGUAACAGAGAACAGGAUGUAUGUCCCAUUAAAGCCACUUCCUGGGAAUUAGUCACAGAUUCUGUGUCCCAUUAAACCCACUUCCUGGGAGUUAGUCACAUAUUCUGUGUCCCAUUAAACCCACUUCCUGGGAGUUAGUCACAUAUUCUGUGUCCCAUUAAACCCACUUCCUGGGAGUUAGUCACAUAUUCUGUGUCCCAUUAAACCCACUUCCUGGGAGUUAGUCACAAAUUCUGUGUCCCAUUAAACCCACUUCCUGGGAGUUAGUCACAGAUUCUGUGUCAGAAACGAGCUGCUACCACAAACACUAGGACUACUGAUCUUGUCCACAUAAUGUGUAAGAGAUUUGUUGCCUGGUAAAGGGUUCCUCAACAAAGUAAUAACAUGUUCACAGCUAUGUAUGGUUUCAGACUAGUGUACUUCCAAACUUGGGUGUCAUCAAGCAUGUGUGGCCGUCACACUAAUCCAUUCUACAUUGUAUUAGGCCACAGUAACUUCCCAGUGGCUUCUAAGUCUCUUUUUCUGGAAAGCACACAUUGAAAGUAAACUUGUUUAUUGCACUCUAUAGACGGGAGUUAGCUUGAGGCUUGGGCUGACUUGACAUUUUAUUAUAUGACCUGUUAUUUAUAAGUUAUAUGAACCAAUUUAUGUUCAUGAUAUCUGGAAGUAUAUAAAUUUAAGAAAAAAGAUUUAUAAUGUUGUUUAUUUGAGAGUGUGUAUUUUUACUGAAACGUCAGUUUCAUGACUCCCACCAAUAUUUCAAGAUAAAAAUUAAAUAGAGUUUCAUAACAUUGUAUUUGAUUGUUACCCUUUCAUUGUUGCAUCACAAUUCUGAUUGCCUCAGGUACCAAGGGCAGUUUUAUAAUGUUUUUGUUAACAGUACUGAGAUUUGAACGAGCAACUUAAAAAAUCAUUUCAAUUUCAAACUUUUGUACAGAAUCGUCUGAUGAUAAUUAAACGUAAGAAAAGAUAAGAGGACCAGAAAACUGUGCAGUGAUAACUGUAUAACUGAAGGGAAAAUAAUUUUAUCUAAAUGUUCAAAUAAUGAUUGUUUUCAUUUACAAAGUUUGAAAAUCAUGUUUGUUAGAUCUAAAAAUUUUGUAAAUAAAAUA